AUGGUAGAAAUAAGAUAUCAACUGUUUGAUCAGGACAAAAAUAAGGUUAGGAUCACAGCCGUAUGCUACGAUGCUGAGAAGAUCAGAUAUAAGCUCUGCUGCAAAGGUGGGAAGGCAAUCCAAAGCAUUGAGAUCGUUGAGAACAAACCGGAAACACCGAAAAAACUAAAGCCCGUUGAUAAACCGAAACCCCCAGAACCUGAGAAGCCUACGGUGAUUGAGAAAAAACCAGAACCCAAGCCCCCUCCAGUUGUAGUUCUGGUGUCGGCGCCGACACCGGUUGGAAAGCCUAAAUUGGAUCCUCCCAAACCGGAUCGCCCAAAAGCCGAUCCACCAAAACCCGAUCCACCAAAACAGGAUCCACCGAGAAAAACAAGAUCCAGUUCCAGCUUCGAUGCCACCUGUUGUUGUCCCCACAGUCGGAGCUGGAGUGCUAUGAAGGUCGCGGCUGUUCUAGCAAGAACGGUGGCGUCUCCUCAUGGUUGA